CCAGCGCGUCAUGACGUAACACACACAGGUGAUAUCUAUUAGCCUAGCUCACAUGCUAUCAGUUGCUGCGUUUGCCCAACAUUAAACCAUCAUUUCCUUCGGGUGAAAGGUAUUGUCUGUAGCUGUUUUGGGAAAGGCGCUGUCAGUUUCUCAGAUAUUAUGUCAAAGCAGUGAGCAGCAUGGCGGAAAAUCAUCUGGACUACCGCUAUCUUGACGGCGAGCUCAUGGGGGAGCAUUUUGCCGAGGACCCGGAGCUGUUGGCCAUCAAGGCCAGGGUGCAGGAGCUGGAAAUGGAAGACUAUGAGAAACUAAAGGAAGAGGACAAAUGUGAUGUAGAGGAGAUGCAGCACCAGACCAGUAACUCUUGGCCUGGACCUUUCUACAAUAUGACUCCAGAGGAGAGGAUAGAUGCAGACAACAGAUCGAUCUAUGUUGGAAAUGUAGAUUAUGGAGCUACUGCUGAUGAGCUGGAGAUCCAUUUCAAUGGCUGUGGUCCUGUGAACAGAGUUACCAUCCUGUGUGACCGGUUCUCUGGUCAUCCCAAGGGCUUUGCCUACAUUGAAUUCUCUGAUCGAGACUCUGUGCAGAGUGCUAUUGGUUUGCAUGAGACUGUAUUUAGAGGAAGAGUUCUCAAGGUGUUGCCAAAAAGAACCAACAUGCCUGGCAUCAGCACCACAGAUAGGGGAGGACACAGAGGAGGUCAGUCCAGAGGCAGAGGGCGUGGCCACCAUCCCCCUAGGUACCAAAACAGUUCACGAGGCCGGUACCGGUACCAGUCAACAAGGCCGCAGCAUCAAUCCCCCCACCCUUAUUACGGUGGACCACCAGCUGGAAAGAGACAGUGGGGACACAUGGACUACCAUGAACAAACUCCGAAACGUAAUCCCUGUCUUCUUCUUAUCACACCGCCAUCAGAGGACCUGGGCGCAGUCUCAAGUGGACAACACUACCCUCAGCAGCGCUAGCGCCACCUACAGUAUCUUUCUGCUGGGUGGGAGGGGUUUUUAAACUGUAAAUGCUUUUAGUCAUUACUGAUUUAAAUAUUCUGUGAUGUAUCCAAUGACCCACAUUCAUCCAGGUGAGACAUGACAAAAAGCAGACUGGGGUCAACACAGUAGAAGUUAAUUGCUGUGAAUGCAUGGGACACUCACAUUGUUAUGCUGUUGCAUUUGUUUUUAUGAAGUGAAGGGGAUGUUGUGUUAUUUGUAAUAUAUAAACAUUCCUUUGUGUAACUUAUAAGGUAUUUGCUAUGUGAUUAAAUAAAACAAUAAUUCAUCAA